UUGACAGGGUGGAACCUUAGACCCGCGAUUAAUUUCCCCGAAAUCGGACCUUGUUUAAGGUCGAAACCAGUUCCUUACCCUUUGGGUUCCGGGUUGUAAAUGUUUGUGUUAAAGUAUCUCUCGACAAAUACUCGGCGCAAAAUAAAAACGGCGGUGGUUGUGGGUAAAAUGUGAAGUGGUCGAUCGAGAAGACUUCGAAAAGGAUGGCAGGCUCACAGACACAAGAUCUCUUAGAAGAUAUUCCAAAAGUGAGUGACCCUUCUGCAGACAGUGUCACUCAGGAGGCCAAUUCACAGAUGGAAGGGAUGCUUACAGUCUCCACUGAGGGUCAUGUUACCCCAAGUGAUGUUGAGGAACAGAUCAAAUCCAGUGUUCCUACCUCAACAGGUUUCGAGAUUGGAGACGCUGCCAGAAUGAUGAACGAGCCUCAUGACCAGCAACAGGAAGAUGCUAUGAAUGCUUCACUGAACAGCAUGUUUCAUACGAUUGCCAGUAGCAAAGCACAGAUCAAAAGCCAGCAGAAGGAUGAGCCUGAUCUCAUGUAUGACCAGAAGCUGGAUAUCAUCAAGGAUCUUUUCUGGUGUAAGCCAGUGGUGUUCCUUGAACGUUUUCACAAAAUCAUCAAAGAAGAGCAUCUUGUCUGUUUCAACCAUUUGGCUGACAACUACGAAGUAACUUUUUACUGUAAAGAAAUUAGGAAGUCUUCCAUGAAGAAAACUGCCCGAACAAAUGUUCGCAACAAGAGGUACGCGGCCCUGCAGCAGCUGAUUAAAGAUGGGGAGUAUUUCAGUGACGAGCAGAUGCGAACUCGAGAUCCUUUGCUGUACCAACAGUACAUUAGACAAUACAUGACGGAGGAGGAGUUGUUGGCUGAGAACAGCAAAAACCUGAGCAAUGCCAUGUGCUUGUCUGAUCUGCUGAUGAGCACUUAUCAGGAGAAAAUUGUCCAGGAAAGGCUACAGUGGCAAAAGGAAAGGGAGGAUGCCUGUGUGGAAGAGGAAGAGGAUGAUGAGGAGGAAGAUGACGACACAGAGUCUAAAGCUGCAGACUGGAUACCCAGUGACGACGAGAGGAGCAUGCUGAGGGAAGAAUUUGUGAGUCGCAUGUACCAACGCUUUCUGGAUGGGGAAGACAGAGACUUCGAUUACAGUACUGUUGAUGACAACCCGGAUUUUGACAACCUUGACAUCAUAAGUCGUGACGAAGAGGAGAGAUACUUUGACGAGGAGGAGCCAGUGGAAGUUGAAGAUAUGGAGAUGGACAAGGAUUAAACAUUCUUCAGUUUAUAUGUUUUUUUUUACAGUUUUAGAUUUAACAACAUUUCCAAAUCUCUCUUUUUCAAGGACACUGUUAGUGAUCAACUGAGUAGUUUUGUGCACAUUGUAAAACAAUUUCUUCUUCCUAUUUUUUAAUAAGUGUAAUUGGCCAGUUUCUGUUGUUCUAUUGAUUUCUGUUGCGCUAAAAUCAUUUUUUUAAGUUUGAUGUACUAAGGAAGAUGAAACUGAAACUGCUGACAGACAACAAACAGAUUCCCAUGGUGGCUCAGUGGGGAAAUGCACCACCUAGAAAUCAACUGAACCUUGCUUCCAGGUUUAGUUUCUGGUCCCUGAGGAGAUAGCUGGGAAGGAAGGAUUGGACCCUGCACCUUUUGUUUAGGUGCUAAAAUCAAUCAGCUUUUACUUUUCCAAAUUGAACUCUGGUGCCCUCUGUUUGUUAAAAGUGAAUGCUUGAUGAGGCUCUCCGCAACUGAAUUAAAAGAAUAUGUAAUCAAAAUUUGCUUGUUUUACACUGAAAUAAUGACAACUCUCUAACACCUUAGAACUCAGUGACACCUAUAAGCCAGUUCCCUCAAGCAUUUGUUUCUGCAAAUGUAGGAAGAAAUAGUCUGGAGAAAGGUAAAAAAGAAAUACAUGUACUCUUCCCAACUCGUGCUGGGAUAUGGCCUCCUGGGUACCCAGAAAUCCGGAGGCCAUUCUUUCCAGUUGGUAAAAUAUCCACAAACACCUUGACCCUGGGCAACCUGACCUCAAGUUCACAAAUGCAGUUUCCAGCAGGGAUUUUUCGGUGGUUAGCAGUGUCAAAAACUUAUUUUCCUCUUUGUACCUUAAUCCACUGCUGCCCUGGUCUAGCUAAGGUCUGCUAACUCGGUUUAGUGUGAGGAUUAAACCCAGGGGCUUUUGGUCCAUAUGGAUGAGUUCCUUAUUGAGUGUGUUCUUACUAAUAAACUGUGUAAAGAGUACAGCAGGAUAGGCAUCCUGUGAUGUGACAUUGUGAUGCCAUGACACUCUCUACUAUGCAUUGCGGAAUUCCAUCAGGCAUUGCAUGUUCUCUUUCUUAUACAUGGUUAGGGUGAUGUGAUAAAGAGCUGUUUUUUACCCCCCACAGGAGACAGAACCGCUCCUUGUGAACUGUUACAACCAGUAUUGCCAGAGGGCUUUGGGUAGCUCACCCUCACCUGUUUGGCAGUGGGACUCCUGAAAUAGGGAAAAUAAGAGUGUGGGAACUAAUGACAGAGAUGUCUUUUACAGGAAAAAUAUAGCUCUGAUUUGCUGGUAAUUAUUUGGAGUAUCUUCUGAAACAAUAUCUUAUUUCUUUAAGACUCUCACUGUCCUUGUUUUUGAUUUCAUCUCCAUGUUCCCACCCUGGUUUUGAUAUUUAAUCAUGUGCUGCACAGAAUUAGUGUUUCAAUCAGCUUUUGAAGCAACUUUAAGUCAGUUGAAGAAUUUAAAUGUCUUUCAUUAAAUGGUUUACAUUUUAUUAUUCAUGUUGUUGCAGUUUCUCCCCAUCGUAACUACUGUUCAGUGUUGGAAAGUCACUGGGAGCUUAAGUGUUGUUUUCAUUGUUUUGCCUUCUUUUAACAACUGGAGAUUAUUUGCUCAAUAAUCCACAGAGGAGUGGCCAAUUUUGAAUAGUAGGGUUUGAUUGUGUGGUGGUUGUGUUAUUGGACUAGUAAUCCAGAGAGUGGGUGUUGAAAUUCCACCAUGGGAGUUUGAGAAUUUGAAUUAAAAUUUUCACAAUCUGAAUGAAACUGGCACAUAUUUGUCAGCUUUCACUGAAAAUCCAACUAGUUCACUAAUAUCCUUUUAGGGAGAGAAAUAGGUCUGAAUCUUUACAUGACUCCAGUCCCACACCACUAUUUGUGACUCUUAACUGUCCCCUGUGGGGCAAAGAAGACAUACAAAGACGAGGAGGCCAUUUAGUCCCUGAAUCCUGUUCUGCCCUUCAAUGAAAUUGUGGCUGGUCUACAUCCUAAUUCCACACACCUGCCUUUGCUGCUUAUCACUUAAUACCUUUGAUUAUCAAGAAACUAGAAAUAUCAAUUUUGAAAUUAACAAGUGAUGUAGCAUUAAUUGUUCAUGGAGGAGAGUUCUGAACCCCUACCAGUUUUUGUGUGUUGAAGUGGUUCCUGAUUUCACUUCUGAAAGAGUUGGCUCUAAUUUUUAUACUGUGCUCCUAGACCUCUGAACCAGAGGAAGUAGUUUGCCUCUAUUUACCUUAUACUUGAUCAUUUGAAAGCUUAGCCCAUCUUCUGUAUGAAACAUAUAAUCAUACAAAUUCAGCCCCUCAAACCUGGUCCCCAUUCAGUAAGAUCAUGCUCAUCUGAUUGUAGCCUCAAACCCACAUUACCAUCUACCCUGAUAACUUUUUAUUGCAUUGCCUAAUAAGAAUCUAUCUAUCCUUGCCUUUAAAAAUAUUCAAGAAUUCUGUUUUGAUUGUGCUUUGAGGAAGAGAGAUCCAGAGAUUUGUGACUCUUUGAGAGAAAAAGAACUGCCUCAUCCUUGAUGGAAAAAGACCAUCCUGAUUUUUAAACAGUGACCCCUAGUUCCAGAUUCUCCCAUUAGAGGAAAUAUCCUUUCCUCAUCUACCCUGUGAGGAACCCUCAGAAUCUUACAUGUUUCAAUAAUAUCACCUUUUACUCUUCUAAAAGUCAGCAAAAAAAAGCCUACUCUGUCCGUUCUUUCCUCAUAAGACAAAUCACCACACCUCUCCCCGAAUAAAGGUAUCAGUUUAGUUAACCUUCUGUGAACUUCCUCUAAUGAAUUUAUAUAUUUCCUUAGAUAAGGUGCCAAUACUGUACACUAUACUCACUAGUGCUCUCUAAAACUGAAGUAUUCAAUUUUCCCUGUGAUAUCUGAUAACGUUCUAUUAGUUUUCCUAAUUACUUGCUGUACGUGUAUACUAAGCUUUUUAUGAUUUGUGCCUAGGACACCCAGAUCCCUCUGCAUCUCAGAACUCUGCAAUUACUCAUCAUUGGUGAGAGGAGAGAGAUUUUAAAAAGACAUAGGAGGCAAUUUUUUUUACAGAGGGUGGUUCGUGUGUGGAAUGAACUUCCUGAUGAACUGGUGAAUGUGUGUAGUUACAACAUUUAAAAGACAGUUUGAUGGAUAUAUGAAUAGGAAAGGUUUGGAGGAAUAUGGGCCAUGAGUAGGCAGGUGGGGCUAGUUUAGUUUGGGAUUAAGCUCGGCAUGGACUGGGUGGACCGAAGGGUCUGUUUCUGUGCUGUAUGACUCUAUUUAGAGAAUAUGCUUUUUAAAAAGAAAUUCUAUAUGCCAAAAUUGGUAAUUUCACAUUUUCCCCCAUUAUACUCAAUUUGCCACAUCUUUGCCAAUUCACUUAGCCUAUCUAUAUCUUUUUGUAGCCUUCUUAUGUUCUCUUUACAACUUGCAUUCCUACAUAUCAUUGUAUUGUCUGCAAAUUUGGCAACACACCUUCUGUCGUUUCAUCUAAACCACUUUUAUAAAUUAGAACAUCGAACUGUAGAAUCCGGGAACGGGCUCUUCAGCCCACGAUGUUGUGCCAAACACUACACCAAAUUAAGCUAAUCCUUCUUGCCUACCUUUGCUCCGUAGCCCUCCAUUCCUUGCAUGUUCAUGUGCUUAUCUGAAAGUCUCUUUAAAAGCCCCUAUCCUAUCUGCCUCCGCCACCACCCGGUAGUGCAUUCCAGACUCUUACUGCUCUCUGUGUAAAAUACAUGCCCCUGGCAUCUCCUUUGAACUUUCUCCCUCUCACCUCAAAUGCAUUUCCCCAAGUUUUAGACUUUUCAACUCUGGGUAAAAGAUUCUAUCUAGUGAACCCUGCUGGAAGGUAAGCGGGAGAGUAGAUGUUAGAGACAAACCACAUCUUCCUUGCAUGUGAUAGAGGCUCCUCCCGCACCCGUCAAAUAUUUGUUGACCCUCACUGUCUAGCGUUAGAGGUGAAGCACAUCCACUCCAGCCAGUUUCUUGAGAACUACAGUGCAGGAAUGGCUGUCACCUUCUGAAGUGGAGGGGAGUUAAGAUUUUGUUGAAAUUGCUUCUGACAGGAAUUGUUUGCAUACAGUCUUCCAUAGGGGAGGCAAGGCUAGGUGAGAUUCGAACUGCUUUAAAACUUUGUACAGAGUUAAAAUCGGACCCAGUGCUCAGCGUCUGGAUCCACCGAAGUUGCACAAAAUUAAUAUUGUUUUUUCGUGCUGAAAAGGUUUAGGAUAUUGUUUUACACAUGUAUCGAUUUCCAGAGAUUAAAAUAAAAUGUUUCUGAAAUAGCAA